CGGCCCCCCACUGCGGUAGUGGCGGCGGCCGGGCCCGUCGUGCAGGGCCGAGCCGCGCUCAGGGAUAGGCGCAUGGCCCGAGUUUGUGCGCUCCCACUGCGGCAUCGCCUCCUGGCGCCGGGGCCGCCCACGGCCGCAUCGCCCCGCCGCCCACAUCUCUCCGCUUCAAUGAUACGGCGGCCCGGCGCGGAGGCGCAGGGCGGAGCGAGAUUUCUCCGCCGGCGGCCCUGAGGUGAAAGGAGGCGGCUUCCCUCCCUCACCCGACCGGAGCGGGCGGAGAGACGGGGAGGGGAUCGCCUCAGACCCCGCCUCCGCUCCUCCCCUCCCGCGGUGGCUGCUUUGCUCCCCGUUCAGUCGUCCCCAUCCUCGCCGGGCUCUGCUCAGCGCCGGGAGCUGCGCCUGGAGCUAAUAGGAGGUGGACUGCAAUCUUUCAAUAACCUUCUGUUCAACUUGGAGUACCGUGGUUCAGCAACUGAACAGAUGGAUAAUGGAGACUGGGGCUAUAUGAUGACUGAUCCAGUCACGCUAAAUGUGGGUGGACACAUGUACACGACAUCCCUCACAACUCUCACCAGAUAUCCUGACUCAAUGCUUGGGGCCAUGUUCAGGGGAGACUUCCCCACUGCCAGGGACUCUCAGGGCAAUUACUUCAUUGACAGAGACGGACCACUUUUCCGUUACGUUCUUAACUUCUUAAGGACCUCAGAGCUAACUUUGCCACUGGACUUCAAGGAGUUCGACCUACUUCGGAAGGAGGCGGACUUCUAUCAGAUUGAACCUCUGAUUCAGUGUCUCAACGACCCCAAGCCUCUGUAUCCUGUGGAUACCUUUGAGGAGGUGGUGGAGCUUUCCAGCACCCGCAAGCUGUCCAAGUACUCCAACCCGGUGGCUGUGAUCAUCACGCAGCUCACCAUCACAACGAAAGUCCAUUCGUUACUGGAAGGCAUUUCAAACCACUUCACGAAGUGGAAUAAGCAUAUGAUGGACACCAGGGACUGCCAGGUUUCCUUCACUUUUGGGCCAUGCGAUUACCACCAGGAAGUGUCUCUCAGAGUGCAUCUUAUGGAGUACAUCACAAAGCAAGGCUUCACGAUCAGGAAUACCAGAGUUCAUCACAUGAGUGAGCGUGCCAAUGAAAACACAGUGGAGCACAACUGGACUUUUUGUAGACUGGCACGAAAAACAGAUGACUGACUCUGACUCCACAGGAGCCAUUUCAGUUAUUAGUGACUUAAUUGAACAGUAAAGCCAAGAGAGUCUGGAUUUUGGCUGACGUAACACUGCGGGCUUUUUUUUUUAUAUAUAUAUGAGUAUUUAUUGUUUAUCAUUGAGGACUGGAGAAGUUUCAUUCUCUAGCAGUUCUGUCCUUUCAUCCAGAAUAAAAACAUGCAUGUGCCUGUUCAGUCAAGACACCUUUUUGUUUGAAAGAGGGAGUCCGAAGAAUUAGUACAGGAGGGUAUUUUGUGUCAUUAACACAAUUCCGACGCAACUUAAAGUGCUAAAAUUACCUCAGUUUAAAUGGUUUCUAAUCCAUCUAACCCUGUGCCACUGGGAGCAAGAAACAAACGGAAUCUAAGAGGCAGAUGGCGAAAAGCUGCUAUCACAUAGACUAAUUUAGCUUCUAAAUCAAUAAACAGUAUUGUAAUAUUCUAGGAAAAAAAAUCCCACCCUUUAAAAGUACUUGAUAAGUACAGUUUCGUACAGUUAUGACAACUGUUUCUUUCUAUGCAUAUAAAUCAAGCAACCAAAUACUAUCUGUAGCCAUGGAAAUAUGAUUAGAAAUAUUUAUAUUGGAUUCUGAAUGCAAAAUGUCCCUGUGGUAGAAUUCAUAUUUUUAAUGCCUGGUGCAAUAUUAUUCCCAAGUGUAAUGCCUGCCAGCAAGAAGCUAAUAAAAAUGUGAAAUAUAGAAUACUAUCUUGUAUUUUUUGUCUUCUAGAACUCUAAUACUUAAUAAAAACCCCAAAGGCUGUUUUUCAGCGCUGCAGAAUAGCACAGAUGCUCUGCUAGGGCUCCAUUCUCUUUCACUACUGACAUACUUGGUUCCUUUUUGUCUUAACCAGUUGAUCGAGCUGUCCUCAUCACAGGAAAACAAAAGUGUUUGGAAAACGAGGCAUUUUGACCAACAGAGGGAUGGCAAGGAUUCGCACUUUCUGUAGAGAUAAAGGGAACACAGCACCUAAAAAUACUUGUAGCUGCAUUGUUAUCCCAUUUUAAUGAUCUAUCUGAUAGCUGCUUAUAUCUCAUACGGAUUUUUAUAUAUGUAAUACAAAUAAGAUUCUGUGUCUUUAACUAUAGAGUGCUGUUUCUGAUAUGUUCAAGUCAAGGAACUGAGAUUCUGUGUUCUUACCUAAUUUCAUGUAGCCAUUCCUGCUUCUCUUGGCCACUGUGUCACUGUUACUUAUACAAUUUCUGGUUAUGUUUUAACUUAAUUCUCUUGAGAGUAGAGAUUCAAUGUUUAUUUUGACUGAAUGGAUCACAUUCUCCCUUGAAGUUCUUGUCACAGUGGUUUCUUACCACAGCUGCUUUGCUUCCUGAAGUGUGGAGUGUUGCUAUUUGGAGAUGUCAAAGAGGGAUCAGGGUUCCUCAGGAUGUUGCAGCCUUCUGAAGCCUGUGGCCUUGCAUCUCAGCUCUCUGUCAGAAGGCCUGUUUGAAGGUAUUUUCCUCUGCCCU